UCGCGGAGGAUACUGAUGCGGCGCGUUGCAGUCGGGAUCAAUGCGACGUUCAUCAACGUGGCGUUCUUGAACCUCAUGGCCAUCAUGGCCCAGCGCGCCGGGCGCGUCGUCAUCCGUGUCGGAGGCAACAGCCAGGAGACCGCGACGCUCGUAAACAGCCUGGCAGACGGGAAGGCGAUCGAAAAAGACAAGGCUGACACGUCGAACCCGGUGAGCCGCAAAGCCGUCGUCUGGCGAGAAACAAAUGACGACUGACAUCGCUGGUCGCCGCUCUAGACGCAAACCCCCGCCCUCCUCUUCACUUCGGAAAUCAUAUACAUGCUCGCCAACGUCUCUUCUUUGCUGCCCAUCAAGUGGUACCUCGGUAAGGCCGCUCAGAGGCCGUGCCGUUCACAGACGACUAAUGAUAUACCUGAAGGCAUCCCGUUCAACGAUACGUCAAACUUGCGCCUGGGCAUAGCAGAAGUCGGCGAGGCCAUCCUUGGCGACAACCUACUCGGCUUUCAGCUCGGGAACGAGCCCGAUCUCUAUGCCACGUGAGUUCGCGAGCCCCCGUACU